UCCCCACACCAUAAAAUGUUGAACAAGAACCCCAAACCACCACCUACCAAGUAGAAGCAACCAAAAAUGCAAAUCCAAAUCAUCGAAACCAAUGUCAUCGUUCCAUCUCCGCCACCAUUUACCGACGAUCACUUCCUCCAACUAACCCACCUCGACAACGACCCCAACCUCCGCGUCACCUUCCGCUACGUCCGCGCCUACCACAACACCAACUCCGCCCCCUCCCCCGCCAACCCCUCCCACGUCAUCUCCGCUGCCAUCUCCGCCGCUCUGUUCCACUACUACCCUCUCGCCGCCACUAUCCACCCCCGCCCCGACCGCCGCUUCGAGCUCUUUUGCUCCAACGGCCAAGGCGUCCCCCUCAUAAUCGCCUCCGCCGACUCCACUCUCGAUUCGGUCGGAUACCUCGAUGACCCAGCUGCGGAUUUCGUCGAACACUUGGCGCCCGACCCCAACCCGGAAGAGGCAAUGUCCACCCCGUGUAUGCUGCAACUCACGGUGUUUAACUGCGGCGGGUUCACUCUCGGAGCCGCCAUACACCACUCGCUGUGCGACGGAAUGGGCGCCACACAAUUUUUCAAUGGCGCGGCCGAGUUCGCUCGCGGGGCGACUCGGGCGUCGGUUGAGCCGGUGUGGGACCGGGCGGGGUUGCUGGGACCCAGACAUCCUCCCCGAAUCGGCGCACCGGUGCUGCACGAGUGUCUGAGUUUGGACAAGGGGUUCCCGCCAUACGGACAGGCGGAGGCGGUGGGGCCGGUUGUUAGGGAGUGCUUUCAUGUGAGAGACGAGUGGUUGGAGAAAUUCAAGGGGGAGCUGUUGGAGCAGGGUGGGUUGAACUUCACCACUUUCGAAGCUCUCGGUGCUUUUAUAUGGCGUGCCAAGAUUAAAGCCAUAGGGCUUCCAAGUGACGAGAAGGUAACAUUUGCAUACUCAAUCAACGUACGAAGACUAGUGAACCCUGCAUUACCAGCUAGCUAUUGGGGCAACGGCUGCGUACCAAUGUACGUGAACCUCACCGCCAAAGAACUAACCUCGAAGCCGCUUUCGUCCGUGGCGGAUCUGAUCAAGAAGAGCAAAAGCAACGCCACGGACGAGUACGUCCGUUCGUUCAUCGACUUCCAGGAGCUGCAUUACGAGGACGGGAUCACGGCGGGGAAAGAAGUUAGCGGGUUCACUGACUGGAGGCACUUGCGCCACUCAAGUGUGGAUUUUGGGUGGGGAGGUCCUGUGACUGUGUUGCCACUUUCAAGGAACUUGCUAGGGAGCGUUGAGCCUUGUUUUUUCUUGCCUCCGUCGUCGUCCUCGGCGGGUGUGGGGAAGAAGGAUGGGUUCAAGGUUUUGGUGACCAUGAGGGAGAGUGCUGUGCCGGCUUUUAGAGAGGAGAUGGAGAAGUUUGGCUGCCUAGAGUUUGGGUUGCCUUGAUGUUUUGCAAGAAUACUUUCACUGUGAUAUGUGCAUUAUUUUUUUGUUAUAACAUUUCAUCAUCAAUGUAAUAAUUAUGGAUCAACCAUUCCAUCCUCUGAUUAGGUUUUUAUGUGAUGAAAAUACAACCAAAAGAGGUGACAAAACACAGUGAAAAUAAUGCUAAACCGCAUUAGGAUUUUAUUUGGACCUCUGUUAUUUGACUGUUUGACCUCCUGUGGACGGUUUGUUUAAGAAUUGAAAUCGAUCGAUGUUUGUUUUCUUUAUGUACUA